CGACCGGCCCCGAGUCCGAGUACGCCACCAAUACCUCCACAAAUUCCUCCCCCAAUCCGGCGGAGACGAUCUAAAGAGAAGAAGAGGGAUGGAUAAACGAGAAGGAGAGCGAGAGGCGGCGACGAAGGCGUCGAUGGACGUGGAAGCUAUCCCCGGGGCCGGCGUGGAGGAUGAGGAGAACUCGCCGAUCGAGCAGGUGCGGUUGACGGUGUUGACGACGGACGACCCGACGCUCCCGGUGUGGACGUUCCGGAUGUGGUUCAUCGGGAUCCUGUCGUGCUCGCUGAUGGCGUUCUUGAACCAGUUCUUCUCCUACCGGACGGAGCCCCUCAUCAUCGGCCAGAUCACGAUCCAGGUGGCGUCGCUGCCGGUGGGGCGUUUCCUGGCGAGGGUUCUGCCGGCGACGAAGUUCCGGCUGCCGGGAUUCGGGGAUCGGAAGUUCAGCCUGAACCCGGGGCCCUUCAACAUGAAGGAGCACGUGCUGAUCUCGAUCUUCGCGAACGCCGGGUGCGCGUUCGGGAGCGGGUCGGCGUACGCCGUCGGGAUCGUCGACAUCAUCAGGGCCUUCUACAAGAGGAGCAUCUCCUUCAUCGCCAGCUGGCUUCUCAUCGUCACCACUCAGGUUUUGGGUUACGGGUGGGCGGGCCUGUUGAGGAAGUACGUGGUGGAGCCGGCGCACAUGUGGUGGCCGGGCACGCUCGUGCAGGUCUCUCUCUUCCGGGCACUGCAUGAAAAGGAAGAUAGCCGCAUGUCAAGAGCCAAGUUUUUUGUCAUCGCACUCGCCUGCAGCUUCUUAUGGUAUGCGGUUCCAGGGUUCUUGUUCCCGACCCUCACCAGCAUUUCAUGGCUGUGCUGGGUCUUCUCCAAGUCUGUCACAGCCCAGCAGCUUGGGUCUGGCAUGAGGGGCCUGGGCAUUGGGGCAUUCACCCUAGACUGGUCGGCGGUUUCCUCUUUUCUCUUCAGCCCACUGGUUUCCCCCUUCUUUGCCAUCGUCAACGUAUUUUUCGGCUAUGUCCUCAUCGUCUACAUUGUCACCCCGGUGGCUUAUUGGGGUCUAGACUUGUACCACGCCAAGACAUUCCCCAUCUUCUCCUCACAUUUAUUCACCUCCGCCGGCCAAAAUUAUGAUGUCCAUGCCAUUGUCAAUAACAAGUUUGAAAUUGACGUGCAAGCGUAUGAGAAGCAGGGAAAGAUCAGUCUGAGUAUUUUCUUUGCUCUGAGUUAUGGUCUUGGAUUUGCUACUAUUGCUGCUACAGUUACACAUGUGGCAUUUUUCUAUGGAAGGGAGAUUUAUGACCGGUUUCGCGCUUCAUAUAAAAAGAAGGCUGAUAUUCACACCAAGUUGAUGAGGAAUUACGAGGAGAUACCCGGCUGGUGGUUUUACUCCCUGCUAAUAGUGACAUUUGUGAUUUCUCUAAUCCUAUGCACUGUGUUGAAGGACCAGGUUCAGCUGCCAUGGUGGGGGCUUCUCUUUGCCUGCGCUAUGGCCUUCCUCUUCACUCUCCCCACCAGCAUCAUAACUGCAACUACAAACCAGACCCCGGGUCUCAACAUUAUUACAGAAUACGUCAUGGGUCUGAUUCAACCGGGGAAGCCAAUUUCCAACGUGUGCUUCAAAGUUUAUGGCUACAUGAGCAUGGCUCAAGCUAUCUCCUUCCUCGCUGACUUUAAGCUCGGCCAUUACAUGAAGAUUCCACCCAAAUCAAUGUUCAUAGUUCAGUUUGUUGGAACCAUCAUCGCAGGAACGAUCAAUCUUGCUGUCGCAUGGUGGCUGCUAGGUUCUGUCGAGAAUAUUUGCAACGAUCAACUCCUUCCGGCAAACAGCCCUUGGACAUGCCCAGGCGAUCGGGUCUUCUUCGACGCUUCGGUCAUUUGGGGUUUGGUCGGACCCAGGCGUAUCUUUGGGCCGCUGGGCAACUAUGGAGCGCUCAAUUGGUUCUUCGUCGGUGGAGCUCUAGGUCCCAUUAUCGUGUGGAUCUUUCACAAGAUAUUCCCAGGCCAAACUUGGAUCCCCUUGAUUAACCUUCCAGUCUUGCUUGGAGCCACAGCUGCUAUGCCUCCAGCCACAUCAGUGAACUACAAUUCUUGGAUUGUAGUUGGAACUGUGUUCAACUUCUUCGUCUAUCGGUACCGAAAGAAGUGGUGGGAGAGGUAUAAUUACAUUCUCUCCGCUGCACUGGAUGCUGGCGUUGCAUUCAUGGGGGUGGUCUUGUACUUCGCAUUGAGCCUAGAGAACGUAAGUAUUGACUGGUGGGGAACUGCCGGGGAGCAUUGUCCUCUUGCAACUUGUCCCACGGCCAGAGGGGUGCAAGUAGAUGGCUGUCCCGUCUUCUAAUCCGCUCUGCUACAUUUCAUCUUUCUUUUAUCCUUCUCUGUGAUCAAAGUAUGAGGUCCUCUGCUGAAACUCUGUUUAUUUUACUCGGUUCAUAUUGUACCCAUUCAUACAAAUGAUUCCUUAGAAUGCUUAAAAGUACUUUGGUCGUUGAUUCUUCUCAAUCAAAACCAACAAUUCCGAAAUCAAACAAA